GCGUCGGAGACUGCAGUGGGCGGACUACGUAGGCUUUCCUGGCUCCAUUGUUCCAGCCUCCAACGAACAACUUGGACCUUGCAUGACAUCGUUUCAUGAAUUGCAUCCCCCAUUGUCACCUGUAUCCUGCACAACCACUUCUCAGAGAAGGACACACUGUCAACCAACACACCACCAGCGAGUCCUCUGUCUUGACUAGACUUAUUCCCUCAAGACAGUGACCGACCGCGCAAUCAGGCGCCACUGAAUCGAACUACUACCGGCCAGCAAGUUCAACAACGAUGGCCAACCCUCUCGACACAGACGCCGGCUCCGAGCUGUUCAGCACUUAUGAAGCUGAGCUCAAACUUGUCGAAGCAGACGUAAACCAAAAACUGGAUCAGAUUCCCGAAUUUGCAGGCGAACAGCGCAAAGCCGCCAUCCGGGGCGCAGAAAGAGCCCUGGAUGAGGCGAAAGAAUUGCUGGACCAAAUGAAUCUCGAGAAAUCCAACAUCCCAACCUCCGCCCGCUCCAAAGUCAACUCGCGCUUCCGCAACCACCAAUCCGACAUCGACGGCCUAGCACGCAAACUGAAGUCGCUUAGUGAUGACAGAAAACAACUAUUCGGCGAUCGAUACACGGACGAUCCAGAGUCUGGUCCGCACGACCCCCAACUCGAACAGCGCCAGCAACUUCUCUCGGGCACGGAGCGGUUAGGCCGCAGUAGCCAAAGACUGCAGGAGUCGCAGCGCAUUGCCCUCGAGACAGAACAGAUAGGCGCGUCGACGCUGGCUGAUCUGCAUGGGCAGAGGAAUGUCAUUGAGAACACGCACCGCAAUCUACUGCAGAGUGAGGGCUACGUGGACAGGAGUGUCAAGACGCUGAGGGGGAUGGCACGUAGGUGAGACUCAUUCCUUGCUACUUCUCAUCGCUGCACUGAAUUAAGGCACGAAUCUUUACCUUUUUCAGAGCAAGAGACUGACGAGACAUCA